GUCAGCCCUCGAGCAGGGAGAGGACAUACUUCUUGAACUAGACUACCCUGAGCAGCGGGUAGACUUUUCCAUGUUUGUUUACAGUAAUCGUGGUGAUAUUGAAUAUAUUGUGUCGUAUCAUCUUGGCCUAGGUCAGUCAGAGACCUGCAGGAUUGGAGAUGUAAACGAACAGGUACCCGGAAGCUCUAGUGAUUGUAUUCCAGUUUAUGUCAAGAAACGCCAUCAGCAACUGGAAAAGCGGGCUCCUAUUAGGUUUCCGUUACCAUACAAAAUAGGUGACCAGAUUCCCCAGCUUUGAUCUUUGCUAAGACUAAUACGAUGAUUGCGCAGUUGACGAAACCCGAGGACACCCUCUUGAAGACUAGCGUCCUUUGGUAUCUCGAAUGAUACGUAUCGUGGCUCUGGGGGUCUACCGUACACGAUCUAAUCGGGGAGCAGCUGGUCCUUUUCAGUAGAGUCCAUGCGGAGUUUGCGGAUAUUUUCGUAGAGGAAAAGAAAUCAUGCAAGCAGAAGACAUCUAGAUAGCAAAUAUAUUUAUGCAGUAACAGAGACUGGUACCUUAAUAUAGACCGAUAUUUCUAGACGCGUCGCAAAGCAGGAGCACCG